AUGCAAUAAUCCAUUUUUGAUUUUGGUAAAAAAUCUUCUACUUUUUGGCAUCUCUGCGAUAAAUGUUUACUUGAUGUAUUACAUGUUAUAGUAUAUGAAGGAUUAAUCUAAUCUAAUAGAAUAGGAAUUUCUUGUGGGCUCUAAAUAAAACAUCAAAAAAAUAUUUCUUGUGAUGAGUGAAUGUGUGUUGUUCAAAGUGACAGUCUUAUAACUCAAAAGAGCCCCCCUUUUGACGAUGCAUGUUUAAUUUAUAGAUCCCUCUUCAGAUCAUUUUGUCUAACUCAAUUCAGAUGAGACUUUAUAUGGCUUUAGACUUUCUUACUAAGGAAAAAGUCUAGAAAUCUUCACUUCUGAUAAAGCUAAUUAUGAGGUAUGGAAGUCUUAAUUUCGACUGAAUUGUAUUAUGAACAAUUUCCAUGAUGCUUUUUCAGUAUCCAAGAUGAUUGGCAAAGGCAGCUUCGCAAAAGUAUACUCAGCAACAAAAAAAGAAAAUAAUAACUAAUAUGCAAUAAAGGCAUUCAGUAAAAGUUACAUGUCUCAGUAAUCAAAGGGAAUUGAGAGUCUAUUAAAUGAGAUAAAAGUUAUGAGAAGAUUAAAUCAUCCAAAUAUUGUUAAGUUGCAUGAAGUUCAUGAAACAACUAAUUCAAUUUACUUUGUUUUAGACAUGAUUUAAGGAGGAGAACUCUUAUAAAGAGUCCGUGAAACAGGUAAGUAUUUAAUUUAUUUUUAUAAGGAUUCCUACCAGCUCAAACUAUGUAAAAACUUGCUUUCAAUUUAAUCAGUGCACUUAGACACAUGCAUCAGAACAAUUUGAUUCAUAGAGAUCUCAAGCCAGAAAACUUAUUAUUGAAAUCAACGGAAAAUCAUUAUGAAAUUGUUUUGGCUGAUUUUGGUUUAGCCACCAGUCUCAAUGAUGAACCCUUAUUUAAAAGAUGUGGCACACCAGGAUUUGUAGCUCCUGAAAUCCUUGAAUAUGUAGAUGGAAUGGAUUUCUAUUGUGAUAAAUGUGAUGUUUUUAGUGCAGGUGUAAUCUUGUAUCUAUUAAUUGUAUUCCAAUAUUCUAUCAAUAGACUGGUAAUGCUCCAUUUGCAGGUGCUGAUUAGAAGUCUAUUCUUAAGAGUAAUAAAUAAUGUGAAGUCGAUUUUAAAGAUUAAUAAUUUAAGCUAUCUCCCACAUAAAUGUAAGAUUUGAUCUAAUCAAUGCUUAUCAAAAAACCUUCCUUUCGAUUGAGUUCAGAUGAAGUAAUUAUACACACUAUCUUAAGUGUUUAAAACAUCCGUAUUUCAAAGAACUAGCCAAGGAAUACAACAGAUAAAUAGAACAAUUUCAAAAUAAUCUUUAAGGAUAUUCUGACUUUAAGAAUGCAAUUAAAAUAGGAACUUAGGAGAUCGAAUAGAGAUCUCCAUUGAAUUUCAACUCCUCUGAAUCAAUUUCAUCCAAUAUCUCGCUUACUAGGUAAGAAUAAAGGAAAUCUUCAAUUGUUGUUGCAGCAUCCAAAUUUAGUUAAUAUAGCGCUAAAUUGUCAAAGUAAAAUUCAAGAGAAAUUGCUGGUAAAUUUUAAUACUAUUUAGAUAUACCAUAAAAGUAGGAACCAAAAAAAUAAUAAGAUUUACAUAGACUCGCUCUUACAAAUAGUUAAAUGAAAAACAUGGCAAUUUGUAAAUAAGAUAAUUUUGAUGAUCCUACUGCUGAAAAUUGUAACAUUGGGGCUAUGGUGAGAUAAUACAACUCUACUAGACAAAUAAGAAUUCCUGAUUCUUCAUUGAAAAUAAAAGAGUGCAAUACCCCUACGCUAUAGAAGCAAUGA